AUGUUUUUAUAUGUUUGUGUUUUAAUUUUAUUGCUCUAUUUCGUUUUGAUACCCUUGGAGUCGAAUUUUUUUUUUUUUUUUUUCAGUUUUUUCUUUAUUUAUAUUAAUAAUGUUAGUAUCGCAAGGAUCUGUUCUUCUAAUUACAAAAAGAAUACAUACAUGUAUUAUAGAGCUGAUUACAAAUCGAACAAGAUAAGUGAGGUUAAUGUUGAACAUAAAAAAAGAGAAUCUGUAUAUAAGAUAGUUAAUAAUUUGUCUUUGAAGAAUAGUAAAUGGGAUGAUAUAAAUUCAUACAAAAUAAAUAAAGUAAACAAUAAAUAUAUAUAUUUAUAUAUACAUAAAAAUCAGAAGAAAAAUAUAUUUAUAAAUACAAAAAAAUUGAAUAUAUUACAACAGAAUAUAAUAUUAUAUACAUUACAAAAUAAUAAUAAUAAUAAUAAUAAUAGUUAUAAGCACAACAAAUUGGUGUAUUAUAAUUUUAUAUUACCACAUUCCAGGGGGCUAUACAACAUAGGAGGGCAUCCUAUAAAGAACAUAUCUUUUCAAUAUAUUCAUGCUUACAUUUUUCAAAAGAUAAAAGGGUAUUACUACUAUCCAUUUAUGAAAAACAUCAAAAAAUUUAUUUAUGAGGAUAGGAAUUGUAAUAAGAAUAUAAUAAGAAUGAAUGUGCAAAAAAAUAAUUAUAAUCGUUAUCCUAAUAACGACGAUAAACAGGAUAAUAAUAAUAAUGUGGGGAAAUUAAAAUAUAACUAUGAUUUGAGUUGUGAAUUUCCUGAUGAAAUAAUAAAUAAUUAUAAGGCUGCCGGAUUUUUUCUUAUAAAAGCAGACAUUAAUAAUAAUAAUAAUAAUAAUAAUAAUAAUAAUAAUAAUAAUUACCGUAGUGACCGUGGUCACGAGGAUAACAACAUCACUAAUAAUAAUCAGAAUAAUCAUAGUAAUAAUAAGUACCAACAUUAUUAUGAUAAUGUAAACAUGAAGACGAACCCAAAAGGUAUCAAUAUAAAAUUUUUAUUAGGGUCUGAUCCCCUCACUACCAAAGAUAUGAUGAAAAUAAUAAAUGAAGAAGAAAAAGAAAAAAAAAGAAAAGAAGGAGAAUUAAAUAUUUUAGGAGGGAAAAAAAAUGCUGAAGAAAAAUAUCCUAUUCAAACGGCUUAUAGAGAAUUAAGUGAAGAAAGUUUAUAUAUGUAUAAUAUUUUCCUUUCUUAUUUUAGUUACUUGCAUUAUGUUAUGAAAUACAUGUUACCCUCAUCAAAUAAUAAUAAUAAUAAUAAUAAUAAUAAUAAUAAUCAGAGUAAUCAUCAAGAAAAUAUCAUUUCUUCAUAUGAGCAUUUUUUAAGUAACAACUUUUUAAAAGAUAUAUCAAAUUAUACUUUACAAGAAAAAGAAAGAAUAAUAAAUUUACACAUCAACAAUCUUAUGAUAUUUUUUAAAGAAAAAGGAUUUAAUUUACAGGAAUAUUAUAAUGAGAUCUAUAGAUGUUCUUUACCCCCCCCUUCCUUAAAUAAGGGUAUGCUGGACAAGAAGAUGAACCAUCACAAGAAUGAACAAAAAAUGGAUGAUACCCAAACAAAUGAUACACUAAUACGUGAUACCCAAAGGUAUAAUAUUAAUACACAGAGUGACUCAUGCAAUCAUUCUAUAAACAAUUUAAAUAUUAACAAUGGUCAUUGCAACAUUUUUGAAAGUCAAGUGAUGGAUAAAAAUAAGCUGAACCCUUAUGAAUAUAUACACAAAGAAAUAAACAUUUACCAACGUGUAGAAGAUUAUAGCAAAGAUAAUUUUAAAUUAUAUUAUAAAGAAGGAAAGUAUUGUGUAUAUUUUUUUAAUGUUCUUCAAUAUGAUUAUAGAAAUAUGUUACAAUAUAUGAAUAAUUUUUUUUGGGAAAAUUGUACCAUUUUUUAUAAUAUAUUAUUAAAAGAGAAUUAUAAAUUUUUAAUUUCUUCACGUUUAGAAAAAAAUAGUGAGUAUGAAGCAUAUACAUUUAAUAAAAUUCAAUUUGAAAAAAAUGUUCAUCCUAUUUUAUAUGAAAAUUUUAUAAACGUACAGAAUUAUAAUGAAUCUGUAUAUAAUGAUAAGAAUAAAACAAGUUAUUCUUUUUAUUAUAAUAUAAAUAAAAAUGAAAAUACAAAAUUUGAUUCAGGAUUUAUGAAUAAUCUUAUGUGGGUUGAUUUUUCUUUAAUCCUUUUACAAUUAGUUAUUGAUAAUGAACGUUCAAAAAAUGUUGCUUUUAAUUUAUAUAAUAUAUAUGAACAAAUAAUUAAAAAUUAUUAUAAUCAUAAACAGAAAAACAAAAAAGAAUAUAUAAUUUUUUUUGAUAAUGGAAAUUCAUUAAAUAUUUCAUAUAACAUAAUAAAUAAAAUAUAUGAAUUAUAUAAUCCUUUUCAUUAUAAUUUAAUAUCUUUAUUUAAAAAUAAAAAAUAUUCGGAUUUCUUAAUUCUUCUCUUUUCACCUUUUAAUACAAAAUUAAAUAAAAAUAAUUUACAACAAUAUUUAUCAAAUAAUAUCAAUAUACCCUUCAGAAAAUUUUUUAAAAGAUUAAUUCUUUCAUCUUCUGUAUGGAUAUUCUUUUUUUUUAAUUUCAUUACUAGUAUACCUACAAAAUGA